CAAUCGGUCGCGCGCGCGCAAAAUAAGCUGAGUGAAAGAUUUUGUUGGACUUCCCUGGACUUGCUUGGAGUUGUUUCCGUGUCAACUAAUUAACUAGCCUGAUGAAGUUUAGCUGGCAAAAUGUUUUAAACAACUUGGUACAAAACGCAGGGUAGUCUGAGAGGACUUCAGAACUGAUGCAUCAUGACUCUUGGCAAAGAGUUGCUAGACCUUGCCAGCAAAGAAGAGAAGGAUAAGCUGAUGAGACUGCUGAAGAGAGCAACCAAUGAUGAGUUAUCUGAGAUGCUUCAUGUGCACGCCGGCAGACGUGAUGGAGGCAAUGUUGCAGACUUGAUACGUAUCAUCUUCCAAGGUGCGAGUGGUAGUGAGCAGAUCGCUAUGAGGAGAAGGCUGUAUGUUUACAACACCGCAAUCAGUUUACUGCAAGAAGAGGAUCUCACCAACAGAGUAGCGUCAGAGAUCGUCGGUUUUCUGCUGAUGGAGACAGACAGUCUUCCAGCAAGUCAUUUAGCUGAGCUAGCUGGUGUGUUCACGGAUGCCGUCAAAUCCAAAGACCCAACGAGUGGAAAGGCCUUUGAGCUCCUCCCCAAAAUCAUCUCGUCUCUCGCUGCCAAGGAAACGGUCGCCUACGGCAACAACAACAUGACGGGAGUGGAAUAUAAAAAGCACGUGAUCAACACCCUGACAUCUAGUAGAUGGGACCCACACUGCGUCAUUCAUCUGGCUGCCAUGUUCAGGGAUGUUGCGCUGAGCAGCGAUCAGCUGAAAUUUGUCAUCACUAAGAUUCUGAGACUGUGCAAGGAUGUUGACUUGCAGGAACUACCACCGUUGGUGUAUCAACUUCUCCUCCUAUCAACCAAGGGCCAUAAGAAACUGGUACUGCAAGGGCUGACAACCUAUAUCAGUGAACAGGAUAAACUCUGCAAGGACCAACAAAGAGAUCAACAUUUUAAUGCCGAAGCCUUAAACACCAUAUCCCAGGAUGCUUUGCGUCAUAUGGAAGGUACGGUCAUUCUCCACGUGACGUUUGCCGUCAAGCAAGACCAGGAACUUGGCCGUGAAUUUAUCAAGUUUCUCAAGGCAGGACAGAUGAUUGAUAGUUCAGCUAUUCUGUCACCGUUCAAUGUCGCAUUGGCGCUCUCCGUAGCUCAGAUCCAUAGAUUUGAAGAACCAAUCUAUGAUUUUUUGAAGAGUGCCAUCUUGAAAAGUUUCAAAGAUGCGGCCAGACAAAAGUCAUCUCAUUGGAUUGCAGAAUUGGCCCCAAUAUCAACAGAUGUGAGCGAGCUUAUCUUGGAUACAGUUCAAAACAGUUCCUACGGCUGGGAUCAUGUGACCCAAGGAUUGGUACAGCUGGGAUUCACGCUCAUGGAUGCAUUUGGGCCCAAGGUCGGACCUCUCGGAAAAUCCACAGAGCACCAGGCAUCUACCAACAGUCCCAACCAACAAGCCUGUUCCCUGGGCUGCCAGGUCCUGCUGACCACCUUCAAGGCCCAUGAGAUGGUACGCCCAGACAUCUUGGAACAACUCCUCAACCGCAUCGUCACCAAAGGCUCGGCACCAGUCUCUCAUUAUAUCGGUCUUCUUGCCAAUACAGUCAACUCAGCCCCGCAGAUUCUCCUCGAUUCGCUCCGCAAGGUGCGGGAAGCGUUGGACUACCUAGCGUUCCUCUCUCCAUCCUCAGCCGAGGGGCUCUUGAGAGCUGUGCAACCACUGACAAAACUCAACGUGUCGCUUAAAGACUCCCUCAUGCUGGUACUCCGCAAGGCAAUGUUCGCACGACAAGGCGACGCCCGUAAAAUUGCCGUUUCGGGAUAUCUUCAGAUUCUCCAAAGUUUCCAGGUUUAUGAGAGUCUGUCCGCCAGUCAGCUCUCCAGCCAGUCCUACAUGUCGUCCUCCAGUCAGACUUUGGUAGACAUCCACACCAGAAGUCACCAGCCCAGCCACUACGAGGCCAUGGUGUGUCUUGAGAUUCUUGGGAAUCUCCGUCGGUGCUUCACCCAACAGGCAGACGUUAGACUUAUCCUGUAUGAGGGUUUGUACGAAGUCUUGUACAACAAUUCCAAGCUGAAGGACACCAUUGUCGAGAUGCUGAGCAAGCAGUGGACGCGGUAUUACGAACCUGACGAGGACAUACUUCCCCCCAUCAAGCUGAAUCAGUGCAUCAUGGCACAGGCAGAUCAAGUCUCCAGCACGGAACCGGUGUCCCACCUAUUGCAAUCGCUAUGUCACUGCGUCCUACGAUGCAAGAAGCUGAUCUUGCAAGCUGAGGAUGACGAUGAUGAAGAUGUUGAUGAAGAUGACGAGCAUCUAAGAAGCCUUAUUCAACAACAGCAAGAGAUGCUCAGUUCUCUCACCCAGCGCAUGAUUAAGAGUGACUUGGAAGAUUUUGAAUUGGACAAAUCUGCGGAUUUCUCCCAGACUAGCGGCGUAGGAGUCAAAAAUACCAUAUUUGCCAACUUAGUCUUAGGUGUGUAUGAAGUGCUUAUGGUGUACAACUCCACCAAUAAUGACCGCAGCGCUGCCACUAGUGGAGAGCAGUUACUGCAGCUCUAUGGCAAGUACCACAAGCUUGCGGAGAUACUCAGAGAGAAAAGCGGCCAGAAGAACAAAGCGAGUCAGAAAGCUGUUCGUAGCCUCCUGUCCGUCAAGUUUGUGGCCGGCAUGAUGAAGGCCCUAUUCACGGAUGACAAUCCCGACAAUCAGGAGUGCCUCGCCGUGCUACGUGAACAGUCGGACUUUGUUCGCUACGUCGUCGGCACCGCCAUUCAGAAGGUCCAGCAACUUAACGACAAGGGGCAUUGUGACGGACCAGCGGGGACCAACCAGGAGAAACUCUAUCGCUUCUGCUGCUUAGUCUCCAGAGUGUUUCUGCACAAGUUUACUACAGACAUCAUAACACCAGCAGACCAAGGCAAAAAGGAAAAGGGUAAAGCUGUGUCAUCGCUGUGCCUGGAAGGCCUGUCUACAGCAGUCAGUGUGGUCUGUAGUCGAUACUCCCACCGUGUUGCUGAUUAUCUGAGACGGAUUGACCCUAACCUCAAUGCCGAAGGAAGUCAACGAAACACGGUGUCGGAGGAGGACACGGUUCAUCUACACAUCAAGAAGCUGCAGCGUCUCGUCAUGGGAAUACUGACUGCCGAUGAUGAUAGUUCCUCCAUCAAGGAUGCCAUACAGCUCUGUCACAUCAUCAUGUUACUGUCCAAGCACCUACACUCAAACGGAGCUCAGUUUGCGCAGUUACAUGACUGGGUGUCUAAAGUGUGUGCGGAACAAAACAUUGAUGAUUCGGGACUGGCCAAAGUUUUGAUGAGCAUGUUAUUCACGUUGACUCAGCAAUGUAACAGUUCAGUCAGCUUGCUGCUGGACGUGGCCCAGGACAUACACAGUCAAAUUGGUGAUAUCGAUGAGGAAGUCGUAGUUGAACCCAGCACUCAUUACUCCAUUGUCAACAAAAAGACUGCAGCUCCAACUGUUCUGUUACUGCUGAUGUCUCAGAUUGACCGCAGUCUAGAGGAGACAGAAUGGGUCUUACUUCGCAUGAAAGCCGAACUUGCCAGUGAUUCCGAUAAAGACACGGAUGGCAACGGACUCACUCAGCAUGAGGAUUGUGAGAGGAUAGUGUGUGCCAGACUAUGCCGCUUAACCAACACGUUCCACGAGUUAAUCCAAUCGGCCAUUCCCGUCGGCCCGUGUGUCGAUGCCACGUUCAAAGCCGUCACCAGAAUCUACACAACUCUGACAAUUCUCUGUAAAUAUUAUCUGGCUGUGUACACUCAACAAGCUGGCCACUUACCUGAGAGGUUUGAGAAGCUUAUCAAGUCGGUUGCCACACUGCUCACACAGUAUGCCUAUGGGAUGAUCAACUACAUUCAGACUUCACAGAGCGAGCGACUUAACAAUGCCACGGCUAAAGGAGGCAAAGCGAAGGACAAGAAGAAAGGGGAAGGAGACAGCAAAGCCAAGGGUGUCAUGAGAGAGACCAAAGGCAUCCCGGCACUGGUCUACGCUAUUGAACAGUUUGAACAGUACCUCAUCAAACUGUCCAAGAAAUCUAAAGUUGAUCUGAUGCAGCAUGUGAAGCUCAGUACAUCCAGGGAUUUCAGAAUCAACCAACAAGCACUUCAAGACGUCUUGGACAGGGCCUCCGGCUCCAGCUCCGAAGAAGAAAGCUCUUCGGAAGAUGAAACUCAACCGCCUCCUAAGAAAUCCAAGAUGGACUCCACACAGAAAGCUAGCACCUCAUCACUCAGCACCAAAGGAGAAAGACCAAGUAAAUCCCAAGAACAUCACUAAAUAUGUAGCAGCAAGCUUCAAUCAAUAUUUUAACUUAUAUAAGCCUACAAACAUCUGAAAAAUUCUUUAAGUUGUUUCAAUUUUUAUAAGAACAACUAUCAAUAUUACAUGCGUCAGGCUUGGUUGUGUUCUCAAGCUAGGAUAAAUACGUUAUGAAGACUGUUUAAGAGUGCAGUAACAUGUACAUGUAUUAGUUUUAAGAAAGUAAUCUUAGGACCCAUCUCAAUUCAUAUCUGGGACCAGUUCAGGACAAGUUGCGGGUAGAGUCAUUCACUUUGUCCGGUAGAAGCUCUGCAUUCGUCCCGGACAUGUUCCGGGAACAUUUUCAUUAGCAACUGCUUGACUCACGAAUACUGACAACUUCAUUGCGGGAAGACUGCGGGGAAAUUGUUCACAAUCUUGCAACUCUGUAUCCGAUACGAUGUCUGCAACUUGUCUGGAAAUUCCUCCAGCACAUGGAUUGAGACAGGCCCUCCACAACUUAAGACCAAACUUUCAAGCUCAUCGCCAUUUUCCUAAUUUCCUCUGCUUUCAACAGCCUUUUAAAAAAAAAUGGAAAACACAAUAGUGGGGCACCAUUUUUGUUGUUGCAAACUUCUGUACCUAUUUAUCCAUACUUGCCCAAACCAACGCAUGUAUCAUCUUUCAAUUAUGUCCGCCAUAUCUUAAGAAAUUGAGAAAACUGAAAUAACUUACAUGAUCUAUUGUCAAGAUGUCAUAAAAACUUCUAUGCUGCGUCUAUGACUUCAAGUUCCGCAUAAAUUGCUGAGGUUACUUACAUGUAUACAAUGCUACUUUAUAAUUCCGCUGAAUUUUAAAAAUUAUUUUAAAACACCUUACUUAUUUCAAAAUGAACACAUCCGAAGACUGCCAAAACAGCUAGAUAGAUCAGUGAAUUUUUUUUCUUCAAAUUUAUAAAUUGAUCACAGAUUAACAAAAAAACACAACUUAUUUGCUUUUUUGAUAUAUUUGAUGAUAUUGAUGAUAUUCAUUGUACAUGUACCACGCUCUUUUGUUCCCUCUACUACUGCUGGUGAGUUUAGGUGACUGCAUAUAUUGGUCUUACAUCAUAGGAUAGCAAAAUUAAUAUGUGUUAUUUCAAAUACAGCAAAGUUACUAGGUCAAUAGGCUAUGCAUUAUUUGAUGAAAGUUUGUUUAAAGUGUAUGGUUGAAUUUUUGAAGUUACAUUGUCUCACAUCUGUACUCUCAAGGAAGUUCAUCUUUAGUGUACGUUCAUUUGAACAUUUCUCUAAAAUGUUUGUCUAUUUUUAAUGUUUAUAAAUAGAAAGUGCACAUCUAAUAUGUGUACAUGUAUAAUUACUGAAACAUUUAAGCUUUGUUCAAUACAAGUUUCUUAUUGAAACAAAAA